UCAAAGUUUGCGGCGGGCGGGCGGGCGCGGAGCCUCCAAGAUGCCGUUCCACCCGGUGACGGCGGCGUUGAUGUACCGGGGCAUCUACACCGUGCCCAAUCUGCUGUCGGAGCAGCGCCCCGUGGACAUCCCUGAGGACGAGCUGGAGGAGAUCCGCGAGGCCUUCAAAGUCUUUGAUCGCGAUGGCAAUGGCUUCAUCUCCAAGCAGGAGCUGGGCACAGCCAUGCGCUCCCUGGGCUACAUGCCCAAUGAGGUGGAGCUGGAGGUUAUCAUCCAGCGGCUGGACAUGGACGGUGAUGGUCAAGUGGACUUCGAGGAGUUUGUGACGCUCCUGGGACCCAAGCUCUCCACCUCGGGGAUCCCAGAGAAGUUCCACGGCACCGACUUUGACACUGUCUUCUGGAAGUGUGACAUGCAGAAGCUGACAGUGGACGAGCUGAAGCGGCUGCUCUAUGACACCUUCUGUGAGCACCUGUCCAUGAAGGACAUUGAGAAUAUCAUCAUGACGGAGGAGGAGAGCCACCUGGGCACGGCGGAGGAGUGCCCUGUGGACGUGGAGACCUGCUCCAACCAGCAGAUCCGCCAGACGUGCGUGCGCAAGAGCCUGAUCUGCGCCUUCGCCAUCGCCUUCAUCAUCAGCGUCAUGCUCAUCGCGGCCAACCAGGUGCUGCGCAGUGGCAUGAAAUAGGUGUCUCCUGGGCACCCAGUCUGGCGCGCUGCGCAAGGGGUGGGGCCAGCUCCACACCCACCACUGACUGUAGUCCCCUCCCUCAGCCUGCUCCCUGGGCCCCACUGCGUGCACUUCAGGGCCUGGAUGUCCAGCGACCCCACCCACCUGCCCCAUGGGCCUUGCAUGGAGCUGCAGCCCGGCUGUGGAGGGCCUGGUGGUGGCUCUGAGGACAGGCCCCUGGCGUGCCCCUGCAACCUGCCCCACCCUGGCCUGUAUGUAGCACUAACUCUUCCCACUGUCCAGGGGCUCCUGGGAAAUUAAGGAGCAAUUUGUGGCUGCUGAGGUCCCUCAGGCAGGACGGGGCACCAUGUGCUCAGGGCCACACAGCCAACCCAACCCUGGUCCCUGAGGUUUGCCCAGGGCCAUGGGGGGGAGUGUGGGGAUGGGCAGAAAGCUACUCCCGGAGAGGGACAUGAGGCCGGGGUCUCCUGGGCCCUACUCCCUGGCAUGGCCUGAGGAAGCCCCUGGCCUUCUGCUGAGUUCCUCCUUCUGACUCUCCUUAGACUCAAGCCCAGCCCUUUUCCACAACCACUGGGGCUGGAGAAUCAGCCCAUUUCAAAGAUGAGAAACCUGAGGCUCAGAGGGCUCUCAGAUUUGGCCUCAGUUCCCCCAUCAAUGAUCAAUGGUGGUUUUUAGGAAGGGCAGAAGCCCACAGAAAAUGGAGCAUCUGAGGUGGCCCGGAAGGUACCCCACCCAUUGGGCCCCUCCCACCAGAGGCCUAGUGACCUGAGGGCCACAUUGCCCCACCCCCACCAUGGACUCUAGACAUGGAAUGCAGUUGAGGCAGGAAGCAGAGUUGGGACCUGGAGGCUGGGAAUCACCUGAGCAGCCUAUUUGCUCUCCCCACUGACCGGGGGGUCCCUCCAGGGCAGAAGCCACCCUUGGCAUCAGUGCCAGAAGCCCAGCCAGGCCACUGUCCCAAGCCUAGGGCCGGUCCUCCUGGGUUCCCCACUUCACACCAUCCAGGCUGGGGACCCAGCUCCCAGCCCCGCCCCAGUUGUGUCAGCUCAGCACGGGUGGACGUGAGGGGCAGACUGAGUCCUCAGCUCCCCCGCGCAAAACCAGAGCUACUUCUCACCUGGGCAAGUCACCUCCCUGCUGGCCCCCUUCUGCCAGCCCCUAGGAGAGAAGGGCAGCAAGCACCCGUCACCCUGGAGAGGAACUCUUCUCACUCUGGCCCUGCCCACUUCUGACCUGGGGCCAGAGCAGGGAGCUGAGGGCGCCAGGUGAGGGCCAAGAACAGCCACACCACUGUAGUGACAGACUUUCUUU